AUGAAUUCUGUGCUCAAAGUCGGUCUCAGAAUGAGUCGACUUUUGGAUCAAAGACAAUCGAAAGAGUCGGUCAAACAAGUGGUGACCAAACCUCGUGAGGAACCACCGAAAGCACACUCCAGUGGUUAUCGAAAGGAUCUGAUUAUUGAGAGUCUGAAGUCUUGUGUCGCAAACGGCGCUAAAAACAAGCAGAAGAGCGGUUCCGUGUCUGACGACAAGCCCGUCGCCAAUAAGCGCACGAAAGCGGCUGAAGAGAGGCCCAGAAGUCCGCCGAUGAUUGAGUCGCCGAAGAAGUCGCCGAAGAAGUUGCUGAAGAAAUCUAUUGAAUACUUGGACUCAGACGUGGAGUCCAUGGAUUCAAUUCCCGACUCUUUCGGAGACCAGUCGCACACCGGAGUCAACGAUACCAAAGAGGAGGACAAUACAGAGUUGGUGUCCGUUAUUCUGGAGGGCCUGGAGUCCAACAACGAGCGCCUGUCCAUCGAAUUGGAUUCGACGUUUGCAUCGGAAGGACACCAAUCAGAUGGACACCAAUCGGAUAGACUCUCCCAAAAGAAAUUGCAAACAAAAGCCACGGAAAAGGUUUGUCCGAAAGUGUUUGAGUCGAAGUCGUGUCAAAUGAGUCCACAAACGGAGGACAGAGCGAUGCAAACGUUGAACGAAACGGUACCUAAAAAAGUGCUGAAAUCCAUUUCAACCCAAUUCUGUGUCUCACAAACCAAUCAAAGCAUUCAGACCGUGGAUGUUGUUGUCAAUGAUGAUACCAAUGCUGACAAACCGAGUGACAACUGUUGCGAAUCUAAUAAUUGCUGUUUCCAUAAGUUUAUUCAUACCAUUCCCUGUCAUUCACUGCAAACAUUCCUCAAACAAAUGGUUGAAUUCAAAGAUAAUGCCAUCAAUAAAGAGAAUCAAUUGACUGUUAAUCGAGCAACUGAUCCAAGUUCUGGAGAGACAAUUGUGGCGAGUGAGCCAUCAGUGAAUGCCAAACAAACUCCUGAAAGUCAGGAUUCAGUGAUAGUGAUUGAAAAGCCAACGAUUGAGAAGCAAAACGUUGAAGAGAUUGAAGAGGAAAAGAAAGUGAGAGGAAGAGUGACUUCUAAGAGGGGUUCCAUUGAGUCCAACAAAAGAUCUAAAAAACUGAAAACUGCUGAACCGGUGGUUGACUUAAAAGACAAUGAAGUGAUCGAAGAAAAUAAAGAUUUUUUAAAGAUCUUGGAGUUGAAUGAAAACCCAAAGACUAAUGAGAAUGUCAUGAAAGAGCCAAAUGAGCCAAAAGGCAGGAAAAGAGUGGCUAAACCGAAGUCCAAACAGAAGGCAACCGUCGAGGAGUCCAUUGCCGAAGAAGACAAUACUGUGGCCGACAAAGAGGUUCCCAAAAGUAAAGCAAAUGUACGAAAGAGUGUUAAGAAAAGCAAUCAAACAAUGAAUGCCAAGAAAACAGCAAAUAUGAGAUCUGUCGAGGAAUCAGCUGAAGAACUAGCCGACGAUAAUGUGUUUGCUUUUGAGGACAAACCUGAAGACAAUGCGGUUGUGAAGCAAACGGCAAAACGUAAAGCUGUGGCCAAGAAGUCCACUAAAACCAAAGCUAAUGCUAUGGACGAAGAACCGGAAACAGAUAAAGAGAUGCCUUUAGAAGUGAACGAAAGGAACAGCAGAAGACGACAACUGAUUUCUACGGAUUCCGAGGAUUUGGAAAAACUUAAGAUGAAAACCACAAAAUCAAUGCCAAAACAUUCAACGGCCAAAAAGCCAGAUAAGGGAGUGUUUAAGCGUCCGGCGUCUCCCACCCCCUCCGAUGUGUCAGACAUAUCGAUGGCGUCGUCGACCUCAUCGCGAACCAGAAGCUCGUCGUCUGAGCGCUCGAAAGAACACAAGUAUUGUAUUUUGAACUCAGGUUUGGACGACAAACAGAAAAAGAAGAUUCAAAGCGUUUGUCGGACACUGAAUGCAGAAGCAGUGGAGGAGUGGUCCGAUCGCGUCACACAUCUCGUCAUUGCGUUGACCACCGAUGGCGCCAAACAAAUGGUUUGUCCCCGAAAUGCCAAAUAUUUGAAGGCUUUGUUAGGACACAAAUGGAUCUUAACCUUCGACUGGAUUACUGACUCUUAUCGGUCCAAUCGAUUUGUGGAUGAACUCAAGUACGAGAUCAGUGCCGACCGCUCGGCCACCGAGACUCGAGUCCCCUAUAAGUCGCGAACCACUCGCCAGAAACUGUUUGAGAACCUAAUGGUUCAGUUCAAUGGCAUUAAAGACACUCUUUUGGCCGAAUUGCAGCAAAUGGUGACAAUCGGUGGCGGAGUUGUUGUCAAUUCCAUCGAUGAGUUUGAAAAAAAUAGACGAAAGACUGGCGUAAAGAAGUUAAUUAUCGUCUCCGAUUGCAUCGGUUUAGCCAACACUCAGUCCGAUGGCGUCAAAUAUAUGGCAAGGAAUACGUUCAUGGAGUCCAUGUCUAAUUUCAACCCUUUUUAGACAUGCAAUCAAUCAUUUGAAGAGUUAUUUUUUAAAUUUUCUAAAUUUAUUGUUUUUGAUUAAAAGUUUCAUAAAAGUAUUUCUAAUGAUUAAUUACCUGUAAUAACAUUUGUAUCC